CUCGGUCUCAAUGUGUUCAUUAUGAAUGCCUGAAGCUUGCACUCGACCCUGCUUCUGGUCAGGCCCUGGAUUUCCAUCGAUGAGUCCGGCAUAAGGUCCUCGCAACAACCCACUUCUCUAAAGUACUCUAAGCAGGAUGUUUCGAGCGACAAAGCUGCAGGUAGCGACGUACCUGCUUGGAGUCUGUCCAUUCUCCAUCGCGUUCCUGGUCUUUUUGAACUCGUCAAUCUCCUUUGUGAUCACAGAUCUGAUCGGCACCAAAGAUGGCCUGGGAAAUGCUGCCGGGACCCUAGGAUUUGCAGAUGAAUUGUUUGCCCUUGUGGCCUGUCCCUUGUGGGGCAUACUUUCCGAUCGCAUUGGUUUGCGUUUUGUCUGUGUUCUCGGAUAUCUGAUCAUUUGUCUGGCACUGGCUCUGUUUGUCCAGGCUCACAACGUUUACCCGCAGCUCCUUCUGGCAAGAUUGCUCUUUAGCCUGGGCGGUGCCGCAGCUUCCACCAUGGUGACGGCUAUACUCCCCGCCGUCGCUGCAUCCGGCUCGAAGCCUCAGGGUCAGCUAAGGCACUCCAGAGUGAUCCAGAUUUUCGGCCCCAAUGGCCACGUUUCCAGUCCAUCGGAGGCUUCGGAAUCUACCAUAACUCCGGAAAGAUUCCUUGCCCGCGCAUCACACGGCCAGAGCGCACCAAGGCCUACCGAAUCCGACGCUCAGCUUGCUUCCUCCACAAGCAGAAUUGCGGGCUUUGUUGGCAUGUUCACAGGCUGCGGUGCCCUAAUCGCUCUAUCUCUGUUUCUUCCUCUGCCGGCCAAAUUUCAAUAUGCCGGCAUUGGAGAAAAGGCGGCUCUGAAGUACAGCUUUUAUCUCGUCGCAGCUGUUGCAUUUGUGUUGGCCAUCUGGUGCUUGUUCGGCUUCCGCAACCUCCACGUACACAAUAAAGAUGGCCUAUCGAAAGGGCCCGACUCUCGGCUAGAAAGGCCGAAGCUUUCGAUUGUCAACACUCUCCGCCAGAUGUUGGACAACUUCCAAGUAGCCGUCAUGGCGGGCUUUGAGCGGUCAGAAAUUGCCGCUGGUUACGUUGGCGGAUUUGUCGCUCGCGCUUCUUCGGUUGCCAUCUCCCUUUUCAUACCGCUUCUGGUCAAUGCGAUGUUUCGUUCGUCGGGUUUAUGCCCCGACAAAGGAACUGGAAAUGAUCCCACCGGCCUUCCGGAUAUCAAGAGACAAUGUCCUCGCGCUUACAUCGUGGCCGCAGAACUGACUGGCGUGUCACAGAUGGUGGCAUUGAUAUGUGCUCCGCUGUUCGGGUACUGGAGCGCAAAAGUCUCCAGAAAAGAGCUCCCUCUCCUGGUCGCCUCGAUCUCAGGCAUAAUUGGGUACCCCCUUUUUGCAAAUCAGUUCGAUCCCGACGACUCGCAUACGCGCUAUCGCGUUGUCGCGUUCCUAGCUGUCUGCCUUAUCGGUAUCAGUCAGAUCGGCGCUAUCGUGUGCAGCUUGGGCACAUUGAGCAAGGGCAUUCUGUUGGAAAUCCCAAAAACGCCAGAGCCAAGUAUCCGAUCAGAUGCACACAUUAACGAAACUGGGUCGGCCGAGCACCAACCUCUUCUGUCAAAUGCCCAGCAUCCGAGCAAGGAAGCUUCUCUAUCGGCUUUGAAGGGGUCUGUCGCCGGCGUCUACUCCUUGUACGGUGGUCUUGCCAUCCUGAUCUUGACGAAAGUUGGAGGCUUGCUAUUUGACAAAGUGUCUUUAGCAGCGCCGUUCUACAUUAUGGCUGUCUUUAACGCCAUUCUGAUGCUCGCUUGCGCUGCGUUGAGCCUUUGGAGGCCACAGUGAGAAAGCUUAGUGCUUUCGGAAUAGCCGAGGAGGAUCAGUCAUAAUCAACAUGCUAAUCACCUGGCGUUGUGACUACCGUCCUCGCAGAGGACCUCCAGCAGAAAUGGCUCUUGCCAAUGGGGAGUACAUCAUCUCAGCACAGCCCAAGGGAACCGGAUCCGCAAUCCCGAAAUACAAGCUGCUCAACUGUGCAGGUUCUAUGGCAUGAAGUUUUCAGUUACAAUGAAGUCAAAGCCUAAGGUUGCAGUUGAAGACCGCCCUAGGUCGAGCUUGCCCUUCUAAUUCAAUUUCGUUCAACACGGCGUACAUCAUAGCCACAAACUAGCGCACACGGCCUCAAGAGCUCUACGCGGAGAGACUGUGGCGUCCCAUCUGGUUGUGAGCUUUUGAUCUUGGUUUCUCAGAGGAAGGCGAAAACUGAGCUGGUGACCCUACCGGCUACGUGCCGAUCGCAAGCAGACGGUGAAGGAGGCGCUUGAGCGCUGUCUUGGCAUGCGUUCUGAUGAUGACCCCUGUCGCUACAUAUCUCAGAGGGCCGCCUCUUAGGGGAGACUGCAAUUGGGAAGGAAUGAGAACGUCUUAGCGUCAUCUUGUGAUGACCGUGACUGUCUCAGAAUGUCAGAGGCCCCGUACCUUUCGCGAAAGAAGAUAAAGUCCAUUCUGUGGCACAGAAGCAUCGGAAAACAUAAUGCCGGUCGUGCUAUCCUGUUAGCCAGCAAAGGGCAUGGGAACGCGCAAGACCGAACGGGCUUCUGCCUUACCCACCAACAAUCGGCCUACAAAAUGCACAGAACAAAAAUCAAAGCAGCCAACUGUCGCAAAAGACAGGAAGUAGAGAGAUCGUACAGGGCGAGGACGAGCCUGUCCGAGAAAGCCUUAUCACCAUCUCGAAUAGCCGACUCAGAGUCAGGUAAUCAUGCCUGCAACUGGCGGCUUCCCGGCGCUCGAAGCGGUCGAGAUAUUUGAGUGCCUCAAGCUCCAUGAGUCAGGGCGCGUAGCUACAUGCAUCCUAUUUCGACGGCGCCUGAGAAUGCUUCCAGAUCACCUGCCUCUCUGAUGUGCAGCUCACGAAGCAUCCACCAACUUUGACUGAUCAACAUGAAACAUGCCCAGGAGCGUAUUUCUGCCUUGCUCGAUACUCAGCCCGUCGACCCGUGCCUGGAUAUCUUUCUGACUCUUCCGUACCUCCUCAGCGAUCUGUGACCAUGGCAUGGGGGUCUUAUUCCCAUUCACUGCUUUUCCUUCGACGCCAUCGCCACUGACAGCCAGAUCGACGAGUCUGCCAUUUCUCUUCCUGAUCUCCCCAUUAAUGAUGACAGUGUCAAUGUCCGCGGCUUCACUGAACCGAACGAUCGCAGUGACAGGAUCAUACUCCACCGCCGAAAGCAUGCCCACACUGUUCUUGGCAUCAAAUAUGACGAGAUCUGCGUUCUUACCUUUCGCAAUACUUCCUACCUCGCCAUCCAAGCCGAGACAUCUGGCGCCACGGAUUGUCAUUAGGUUGAAGGCUUCCUCGGAUGAACUCUUGACAUUGGCCGCCGGAAACUGGUCAUUGGCAAGGAGACGAUUGUUGUGCUCCAAACGAGCAAGUUGUAGGAGAGCGCGAGCUUGGAGAGCAAUGCUGGACGGAUUGCUCGAGUGGCAGUCAACGCCGAGAGAUAUAUUGGCCGACUUAUGUCUCCUCAUGGCGGGAUGAAGAGAUACGGACCAGCCCAUGCCCAUAUGAGCCUCCGUAUCAGGGGUGCUUGAUAUAGGGGUGCCAGUCGAGGCAAGAAUGGAGAGAUCUUUGUCCUGCAAGCCGGUACAGUGCGAAAGCAGGAGGAAUGGCAGCUUGGCAGUGGUAUCUGAUGGCUCAUAAGGAUGCUGCAGGAGGUCGUAGGAAGAGAACAAUUCCACAACGGAAUCAAGGCCUAGAGAUGAAGGGUCAAUGGUGCUAUCACACAAGAAGUGGCGUUUAUGUAUCAAAUAGUGCAACCAAACUCACC